GGUCUCAUUGUAGAUCAUGCACACAGGGGGAAUGUUGAAUAUGUAAACAAACGAUUUUGACCUACAAAUAGUUAUAACCUUACCAUAUCAGCACAGAUAGCUCUGUCGGUUGGAGGCCUUAGUACAUGUUAACAUCUUUUUGAUGCUGCUGAUACGAAGAUCCCGGAAUAACAGAUGAAAAUGGAUUUUCAAACGAUUAGAAAAAUUUAUGAUGACUUAGACGUUUAUGCAGAUCCUCGAACUCAAAAAUGGGCGUUCGUCAAUUCGGCAUUGCCUUGUUCACUGUCCAUACUUUGCUACCUAGCUAUUGUUUACACUGUACCCAAGAUAAUGAAACAAAAGGAGCCGGUGAAUUUAAAGUGGUUUAUAAUGAUAUACAACAUUGGAACAACGGUACUCAACGUCUAUAUAUUUGUGGAGAUCUUGAUUUCGACGACCGCAUUAGGAUACAGCUACGCAUGUCAAAACCUGGUUUUUUCCAAUGAUCCAAUGGAGUUAAGGCUCACGUCAGCAAUGUGGUACUACUUCAUUUCCAAAAUCAUAGAAAUGGCAGAUACGGUAUUCUUCAUCUUAAGAAAGAAGGAAAAUCAAGUUUCGUUUCUUCAUGUUUAUCAUCAUUCUACUAUGGUCGUUGUAACAUGGAUUGGCAUCAAGUGGUUCGGUGGUGGUCAAUCAUUUUUUAGUUGUAUGGCGAACUCUUUCGUUCAUAUUAUCAUGUACACGUAUUACGCCAUGUCAGCAAUAUCAUUCUUGAGAAAAUAUCUUUGGUGGAAAAAAUAUUUGACGCAGCUACAGCUGAUACAGUUCUUUUGCAUCAUCGCGCAGACUCAGUACGCCAUCCAUACGAGUUGCGUGUAUCCAAAAAUGCUGCUGUGGGCAUUCUCGUUAUACAUAUUUUCUUUUAUUGUGUUGUUUACCAACUUCUACUUAAAGUCUUACACUAGUCACGAUAAGAAUUCCCAAAAGGGAAAAAAAUCAAUUUAGGAAGCAACAAGAGGCUGGUUGUUCACAAACAUGAUUCUUUCGACGAACUUUAUCUAAUACAACGGUGAAUGGAGGAUUUUUAAUGAAAUCCUGAUUCUGGAAUAUUUCUAUGACUGAUAAUUUUUUAGAAAAAUGUCAGCGAAUGUAGUCAUACUUCAUUCAACAACUUUGCAAUUCACUAAAACCUUGAAAAUCAACUUGUCUUUGAAUAUUUACCAGAAAAAUAUUUGUCUUGAGAGUAUUUUGUUGCUACAUGAUGAGAUAUCAAAGCAUCAUUUCAAAUGCAUAAUGUACGUACGUGGACAGUUAAAUUCCUCUCAUAUUACGCAACCGAGCUCGUCAUGUACAGGCACAAUAUCCUUGUACAAAAUCACUAAUUUUCCGUGUUGCAAAGUUGAGAAAGUUUGCUGUGAUGAUAAGUUUUAAAUGUUCGAAAUUUUUUUAAAUUUAUAGACAGUUUAUUGAAUGCCUGAAAUUCACCAUAAAUGAUAAAAUUUUUGUACCAUUUGCUCAAUCAUUUUUUAAUCAUAUUUUUGGAAAAAUGCUUUAUUUAAUAGCACAAUCGACGUAAAAUAAGUUAAAACUACUUCUGUGUUGAAGUUAGAAGUUUGAAAAACUGAAAAAUACACGCAUCCCGUUAGUGAAAGGUCAUGAAGUUUUCUAUGAUAUAUCUUAAAUUUUAAUUGAUAAGAAAUAACUCUAGGCCAAAACAUUUUUGAACAACCAGCCUUUUGGAAUCUAUUUUCGUGGUGCAAUAUUGUUUAGCUUGAAAACAUGUUGAUUGGGCCUAAUUAGAACUCUUCGUAAUGUAAUUUUACAUUUAUAGACUUACAGAUUUUAAGACCUCUAUUAAGAAAUCAAGAAUCGUAUGACAAAAAGAAAUGGAUAUUCUGUGUCUAAUUGAAUAUGUAUUCCAAAUGUCUAAUUGAAUAAAGUGCAAUGAAUAGUAUGGAAAAUAAAAUGUCUCCAAAUGGUUUAUUACG